AAUAACCUAUCAAUGCGUCAGAAAUCAUAAGGAUUUCUUCUGCUUCAAUGCACAUUAUGGAUGUGCUUGUGAGCAUACUUCGAAAUGCAGGCCUGGAGGAUCAUAUCCCCUGACUUGCAGCUUUAGAGUCUCCUUUUAUUUCUGCUUCUCUUCUGUCCAUUUUUUCCGUAUGCGCAUUCAUUCAUUUUCCCAUCCGUGCCUUUCCUUGCUCAUAUGCUUCUUUUUUCCUGCCCUUCCGUGUUAUAAUUCCUAUUGCUGUUAUGUCCAGUUCUAUCCAUUUUACUCUGGUGAUCAUAUUUAUCUCAGCUUUGCCGGCGAUGAAGCUAUAUGUUUCCUAAGUCCGAAAGAACAUGACCCGUCUCUUUCAUUUCAUUUCAUUUCUUUUCUUUUUGUUUUCCCUUUGAUCAAUUGUACCUUUGAUCUCUAUUUUAGAGCCCUCCACGAAGUAUACUGGAUCACUUCCCUUCGCUAGUGUGUAUAAUCACUGUUUGAUGACUCUGGUCUGUGUCUACUACUAUC